AUGUAUUCACUUCUCAAUGAAACAAGAAACUGUCAAGUGUGCAAGAAAUCAUUUCCAAAUGGGAGAGCUUUAGGAGGUCACAUGAGGUCUCACAGUCGGAAAAUUUCGGCAUCAAACGCAAAAUCAGCAACUGGCUCGACCGUCCCAACAUUGAAGACACCCACCAAACUCGCAGCAAAUAUCAGACCUAAUGAAACAGUUUUGAUGAGAUCUGUCCACACAAGUGAAGUUGGUCGGGAACCAGAUCUAAAGAGAGAAGAAGGUGGACAACAAAUAAAAGGCAAGAGAAAGUUCGUCGUGGAUGUAGAUGAGUGUCCGAGUUCUUUAACAGCGGUUGAAGAAGGUGCUUUGUGUCUUGUAGCAAUGUCUAAGGGACAGAGACCAGCAAAUUCUCAGAAUUGGAAUGCUAUUGACCGCUUGUUAGCAACUCCAAAUGAAAAAGAAGAAUAUACUCGAAAGUCCAUCGAUAUAGAUUCUGCUGAUGAUGACAAAGAAGACAAAGAUAAGUAUGUUGCUUCAAAUGUGAGAGUCUUAACAGAAGAUAUCGAUGAAAAUGAAGAUGAGGAUGAUGACGAUGAAACAUAUUUAGUUGAGAAGGAGAAUCAGUGUAAGAAAAAAUUUACGUGUGAUAUAUGUGGAAAAGUUUUGCAUUCGUAUCAGGCAUUAGGUGGUCAUCGAACGAGUCACAAGACCAAACGAUUGAAGAUUUGUGACAAGAAUGGUCAAGCCAUGGUUCGACAUUACAAAUGUGAAAUAUGUGGCAGAGUGUUUGAAUCCGGUCAAGCACUUGGUGGUCACAAGAAGGUUCAUUAUGUGUUUCUAUAA